AGAGAUUUAAAGCUCCCUCCAGACGGAGAGAUGGAGCGGGGCAGCGGGACCCAUCCCGCGGAAAAUAACAGCCCACUGCGCAGUGGGAAGACGGAGUGGCAGCAGUGGUGUGUUUUGUAGCAGCGUCCAGGCCAGGCCAAGCUGUCUGCUGCAGGCAAAAACCCACGGCGGCCAACCUGCCCACCCACGUGCUCCGAAUCAUCACCUUCUGAGAUUUACCACUCAGUGACUCAAAUUCCCGAGACACCCACGAAAGCAAGGAGUCAUUUUGAUAGGUGAAAUUAAAAAAAAGAAUUAGAUAGGCACAGACAGACGCCAAGAAUCUUUGCAGCGAUCAGAGUAGAGUAGAGUAGAAUAAUGCACACUCCGGCGCCGCCCAAUCGCCGCUGCUGCUUCACGUCUUCUGUUUGUGGUCUCUUCCUCUGCCUAUUACUGCUACCGCCCAGAAUUUGUUUUGCCGGGGAUCCGUAUGUCUUCUAUGAUUGGACCGUCUCCUACCUCACCGCUUCCCCUCUCGGCCAAAAACAGCAGGUGAUUGGCAUCAAUGGGCAAUUCCCUGGGCCGAUUCUGAACGUCACUACCAACUGGAACGUUGUUGUCAAUGUCAAGAACCAUCUGGACGAGCCAUUGCUUCUUACUUGGAAUGGGAUACAGCAGAGGAAGAACUCAUGGCAAGACGGUGUUCUGGGGACUAAUUGUCCUAUCCCUGCUGGUUGGAACUGGACGUAUCAGUUUCAAGUGAAGGAUCAGAUUGGGAGUUUCUUUUACUUCCCUUCCUUGAGUUUUCAGAGAGCUGCUGGAGGUUAUGGAGGGAUCAUUGUGAAUAAUAGGGAAGUUAUUGCCGUGCCAUUUGGGUUGCCUGAUGGAGAUAUUAAUCUCUUUGUUGGUGACUGGUAUACUAAAAGCCACAAGGAUUUAAGGGAAGAUAUCGAAGAUGGGAAGAAUCUACAAGUUCCUGAUGGUAUCCUCAUGAACGGGUUUGGUCCGUACAGAUAUGAUGAAGCACUUGUUCAAGACGGCAUUACUUACCAGAUAAUAAGUGUUGAACCUGGAAAGACAUAUCGAUUCCGAGUGCACAAUGUGGGGAUAUCAACCAGCUUGAAUUUCAGAAUACAAAAUCAUAACUUGCUUCUGGUGGAGACUGAAGGAUCAUAUACAGUUCAGCAGAACUAUACAAACAUGGAUAUUCAUGUGGGUCAGUCAUAUUCAUUCUUAGUGACCAUGGAUCAGAAUGCGAGCAGUGACUACUACAUAGUUGCCAGUCCUCGAGAUGUAAACUUAUCCACAUGGAACAAAGCUUCUGGUGUUGCCAUCCUGCAUUAUUCCAAUUCGCAGGGACCUGCUUCAGGUCCUCUCCCUGAUCCUCCUAAUGCAUACGAUACGUUUUUCUCAAUGAAUCAAGCAAGAUCCAUAAGAUCAAAUGUUUCAGCUGGUGCUGCACGCCCAAAUCCACAGGGCUCUUUCAAAUACGGAGAGAUCACCGUGACAGAUGUAUAUGUAAUCACCAAUAGACCUGCGGAAAUGAUAAAUGGGAAAUGGCUGACAACCCUCAAUGGCAUCUCGUACUUACAACCUUCAACUCCGUUGAAGCUCGCUCAUGAAUACAGUGUUCCCGGUGUCUAUAAGCUUGAUUUCCCGAAUAAAAUGAUGAAUCGACCUUCAAAGAUGGAUACUUCUCUGAUAAAUGGUACUUUCAAAGGGUUUACUGAGAUCAUAUUCCAGAACAACGAUACCACUGUCCAGAGCUAUCAUAUGGAUGGAUAUGCUUUCUUUGUUGUUGGCAUGGAUUAUGGAGUGUGGACAGAGAAUAGCAGAGGCACAUACAACAAAUGGGAUGGGGUUGCUCGUAGCACGAUACAGGUAUUUCCAGGAGCUUGGACUGCUGUACUGGUUUACCUAGACAAUGCCGGGAUAUGGAAUCUUCGAGCACAGAAUCUCGACUCAUGGUAUCUAGGACAGGAAGUCUAUGUAAGUGUAGUAAACCCAGAGGUUGACAAAGGCGAGUAUGGUCUUCCGGAUAACACCAUAUACUGUGGCUUACUCUCACCAUUGCAAAAGGAUCAAGCUCAAAGAUACAAGUUUUCGGCAGCAUCAUCAGUUUCUAGAGAGAGCAAACGAAUUUUGGUUGCACUAAUUUUGGUGGCUGUCUGUGGAAUGUUUCUAAGCAGGUAGCAGUAGAUUGCUUAGCUGAAUGGUAUGGAACAAUUUGGUUAUGCAGGUAGAUUGAGAUACAUAACGGGGUGAUUUUUGUAAUGUAAAAUGUUUGCGCUAGAGUUAAUCUUUAACAUGUAUUACUGCUUGGAAACAAUUUGGUUUAUGUUUGUAAGUUGAUUGAUUAGUGAGAUCUUGCAUGAUGCUUCUGGUUCUUCCAGGAGGUAAUCUCUAAGUGCAAGGUGUGGUAAAUAGUUACUCCACAGAAGAAAUUUAUGAACGUAUAAAAAAUGGAAUUUCGGGGA